GCACACCAACACUGCACCAAGUUCAUCAAAAACAAAAAUAAUCCAACUCUAAAAUAUCGUUUAGAAAUAUAUGAUGAUGGUUCCCAAAAUAUUCCCUCUACUUCAGUUUUUCACUCUCUUGUACCUCUUUUCAAUUACUUUUGCUUCUACUAAGGAAGCAACUGCACUCCUAAAAUGGAAAACAACCUUCAAGAACCAGAAUAAUUCCUUAUUGGAUUCAUGGAGACAAAGUUCUGAUGUAUGCAGCGGAUGGUAUGGAGUUAUAUGCUUUAAGGGUAGGGUAAACAGGCUGAAUAUUACAAACGCAAGUGUCAUUGGUACACUCUAUGAUUUCCCCUUUUCAUCUCUCCCAUUUCUUGAGUAUCUUGAUCUUAGCAGGAACAAUAUCGUUGGUACCAUCCCACCUGAAAUUGGUAAUCUCACUAAUCUUGUCUAUCUUGACUUGUCCUUCAAUAAGAUUUCAGGCACAAUCCCACCACAAAUUGGCUCACUAGCCAAGCUUCAGACCCUUCAUAUCUCUGUAAAUGUUUUAAAUGGUUCCAUCCCAGUAGAAAUGGGCUAUCUGAGGUCUCUUAAUGAGCUAGAUUUGAGUACUAACUCUCUUCAUGGUUCUAUUCCUGCUUCAUUGGGGAAUUUGAACAACUUAAUCUAUUUGCAUCUUUAUGAGAAUAACCUUUCCGGCUCAAUUCCUGCAGAAAUAGGGAAACUUGUCAAUCUCGUUGAAGCUUAUCUUGAUACAAACCAGUUAACAGGUCAGAUCCCUCCAGAAAUAGGUAACUUGACCAACGCAAAAGUGUUCUAUGCUUUCUUCAAUGAUUUGUCUGGUCCCAUUCCUGCUGAAAUAGGCAAGAUGAAGUCACUUCAGGAAUUAAGCUUACUCUCAAACAAUCUUUCUGGUUUAUUUCCAAAAACUAUAGGUGACUUAACUGAGCUCAAAUUCCUACACCUUUAUUCUAAUCGACUCUCUGGUCCAAUUCCUAGUGAGUUAGGGAAUCUGAAAAACCUCUAUUUCAUGUCAUUAUCUACCAAUCAACUCACUGGUUCAAUUCCUACUUCCUUUGGCAAUUUGGGUGACUUGCAAACUCUACUUCUCAGUUACAACAAUUUCAUUAGUGAGGAAAUUGCUCCAUUUGUUUGCAAUUUGACAUCACUGAAACAUCUCUCUUUAGAGGGGAACAACUUGAAGGGAGUAAUUCCGCAAUGUUUGGGUGAAAUUAAUGACCUUCAGAAUUUGUGGAUAUCACAUAAUAAUCUCAGUGGAGAGAUCCCUACGUCUAUUUGUAAUUUAACAUCACUACGAGGUCUAAAUUUGGCAAGAAACAAUCUGAAGGGAGAAAUUCCGCAAUGUUUGGCUAAUAUCAGUGAGCUUGAGUAUUUGGAUAUGCAACACAACAAUCUUUCUGGGACUUUUCAGAGUACGUUUAGCAUUGGAAGUGUACUCAGAAGCUUCAACUUGCAGGGAAAUAAGCUACACGGAAAAAUUCCACGAUCCUUGGCAAAUUGCCAACAACUGGAAGUUCUUGAUUUUGGAGAUAAUCUCCUCAAUGAUACAUUCCCAAUGUGGUUGGGGACUCUGCCAGAGCUACGAGUGUUAAGUUUGAGAUCCAAUAAAUUGCAUGGACCCAUUAGAACUUCAAGGUUCAUGAAGAACUUUUUUCCUAAGCUUCAAAUCAUGGACCUCGGUUGCAAUACAUUUACGUCAGAGUUACCUGCAAAUCUUUUUCAAAAUUUAGAAGCCAUGAAGAGAAUUAAUCAAACACUGGAGGAAUCAAGUAAUGUUAUAUCCCAUGAUUAUUACCAAGACUCUGUAACUAUCGUAACAAAGGGACGGGAGCUUGAAGUUGUGAGAAUCUUGUCUUUGUACACCACUAUUGAUUUUUCAAGAAACAGAUUUGAAGGACACAUUCCAAGUAUUAUGGGAGAUCUCAUUGCACUUCGUGUGUUGAAUUUGUCUCAUAAUAGAUUGCAAGAUCAUAUACCGGCAUCACUCGGAAAUUUAUGUUCAGUUGAAUCAUUGGACCUAUCAGCUAACCAUCUUGCAGGAAAGAUACCCGAACAACUUACGUCUCUUACUUUUCUUGAAUUCUUGAAUCUUUCCCACAAUCAUCUCCAAGGAUGCAUCCCCACAGGACGCCAAUUUGCUACAUUUGAGAAGAACUCGUACGCAGGCAAUGAUGGGUUACGUGGAUUCCCUGUUUCGAAAGGUUGUGGAAAUAGCGGGAUGCCUGAGACAAACAACAUAACGCAUGCACUGAAUCAAGAAAGCAAUUCUAUGUUCCUAAGUGAAUUUAGAAAGGCGAUCCUUAUGGGAUAUGGGGUUGGACUAGUUAUUGGAUUAUCCAUAGCAUAUUUCCUGCUUUCAGCACGAAAUACCAAUUGGCUUUCUCGAAUCGUUAAAGAACUAGAAUACAAAAUCACUAUGAGAAGGAGAAAGAAGCAACGAGGUCGAAGGAACUACAGAAGAAGAAUUAAUCACUUCUAGAUAAGUUAUAAGCUUUGAUUUCAGAACUUCAGGUAUAUAAAUUAAGCUCUACGCUGAUCAUUUAGUUUAUUGUAGUUAUUAAUAUCUUAGUUUUUAUACUUUUGCUAUAACAAUAACUGAUCAAUUCUCUAUACUAAGCAUAUAUUUAUUUCCAAUAACUUCAAUUAGUAGAAGAUUUUGAAAAGAAUCAGCCUUAGUUGAUGUUUUAAGCUAAUAAAAGUUUAACUAAGGUAUUUGGAUUACAGUGGUUACUGUUAAGCUAUUCCAUUGAGAAGCUGGUGUAAAUGGAAGUGGAGAAAGGGAAGAAAAAGUUAUGGCAAUGAAUGGAAACGAACGCAUGAUGCUUUUAGAAGACCACAACAACAAUCAACGAUGCCAGCAUCGAGAGCUAGAUAUCAUUCAACUUUUAUUUUUUUUGGUGUAACAUUGUGAUGUUAAUGAUGUUUAUCCAGUUUUUGCACCUUUUGUAUGUGUUUAAGCAACAGUAUUACAGUUAUUUCAUUAAAGAAAAGAUGUA